AUGCUGAGCAACGUUCUGCUGCUUAGCGUCUUAACUGUGAUCAGUAUAUCGUCAAAGACAGAAACCAGCAAAAUUGAUCAAGAUAUCUGCAAGAAUCUAUGCUCUUGUGAGGAUAAAGAAAAUGCAUUGAAUAUUAACUGUGAAAACAAGGGAUUUACAACGAUCGGUCAAAUCCAGCCUCCGCAGAACAGAAUAUCGCAGCUCUUUCUGAAUGGGAAUUUUUUAACACGAUUAAACACAAAUGAUUUUUUUCACUACGGCAACGUUACAUCACUUCACCUAGGCAACAACGGAUUGCAGGAGAUCAAAACAGGAGCAUUUUCUGGUUUGAAAAAUCUCAAGCGCAUUCAUCUCAACAACAACAAUCUGGAAAUUAUUAAAGAAGAGACGUUUUCUGGAUUAGACAAUUUGGAGUAUUUGCAAGCGGAUUAUAAUUAUAUUAGCAUCAUAGAAGCGGGAGCAUUUAAUAAACUGAAUAAGCUUAAAGUCUUAAUUCUCAAUGACAACCUAUUGCUUUCUCUCCCCAACAACAUAUUUCGCUUCGUUAUGCUGACGCACUUGGAUUUAAGGGGGAACCGGUUGAAAAUGCUUCCGUUUACUGGUGUUUUAGAACAUAUUGGCGGCAUCAUGGAGAUUCAGCUGGAAGAGAAUCCAUGGAAUUGUACUUGUGAUCUGAUUCCACUGAAAGCCUGGUUGGAUACAAUAUCAGUCUUCGUUGGUGAUAUUGUAUGUGAAACGCCCUUUCGCCUGCACGGAAAAGACGUCACUCAUUUAAUCAAGCAAGACCUUUGUCCCCGAAGGAAUGUAGGCGACUCAUCUCACCGCGCAAUGGAACCUUCCUCUGAUUCGCAGUACCACAUCCCACUUCCCACAUUACGCGCACGCGUUACCCCAACGAGAGCUCCUAAAGCAUCCCGUCCUCCAAAAAUGAGGCACCGUCCCACACCACGAGUGACGUCAGGUAAAGAUAAACAUGUGUUCGGGCCUAUUAUGGUUUAUCAGACACGCGCACCCGUGCCAUUGACUUGCCCAAGCGUGUGCAUGUGCACAUCUCAGAAUUCAGACACCGGACUGAAUAUCAACUGUCAAGAACGGAAGCUACAUAAUAUAUCAGACUUGCAACCCAAACCAUCCUAUCCAAAGAAACUGCAUUUGACUGGAAAUUAUUUGCAGGUUAUAUAUCGAACCGAUUUGAUGGAAUAUAGCUCACUUGAACUCCUGCAUUUAGGAAAUAAUAGACUUUCUGUCAUUAUGGAGGGGGCUUUCGAGAACCUCUCUAAUUUACGCAGGCUGUACUUAAAUGGCAAUUACAUCGAGAGUCUGUCUCAGUCGUUAUUCAGUGGUCUUCAAAGUCUACAAUAUCUAUACCUGGAAUACAAUAUUAUCAAAGACAUUUUGCCACAAACAUUCAAUGCACUGCACAAUCUACAAUUAUUGUUCUUGAAUAACAACUUGUUGAGAUCCCUUCCUGAUAACGUUUUCGCAGGAACAAUGCUAACGAGACUUAAUCUUCGAAACAACCAUUUUUCACAUUUGCCGGUGCAAGGCGUCCUCGACCAGCUCUCUCCUUUCAUUCAGAUUGACCUCCAGGAAAACCCAUGGGACUGCACCUGUGAUAUCAUUGCCCUGAAAAACUGGAUGGAGUUGUCCAGUACGAGUGUGGUGGUAAAUGAGAUCACAUGCGACUCGCCUUCUAAACAUGCUGGCCGUUUACUCAGGUCUUUGCGAAAUGAUGCAAUAUGCACCGAAACCAACCAAGUUACAGCUACCAAGCAGCCCGGACUUACUGCUUCCUCCAGCACUGAAGUGACCGCUCGCUUUAUAAAUAAUGUCACCCCCACAGAGAGUCAUGUAGGUCUACCUGAAAUGCACGCUGAGGUGCCCUUGUCGGUAUUGAUAUUGGGGUUGCUGGUGGUUUUCAUUCUUUCAGUUUGUUUCGGAGCUGGCUUAUUCGUUUUCGUCUUGAAGAGACGCAAGGGGAUUGAAAGCAUCCACACAAACGUGAACAAUUUAGAUUUGAACUCUUAUCAGAUACAGUACAGCUCAUACAGCAUAGAGUCACGAGGGGACAAGAUGGAUAGUCAUGAAUACACUUACGUUCCUCAUGUGGGUCAGAUGUGUCAGAAUCCAAUUUAUAUACAGAAAGACAGCAACCACGUUACGUUUUAUAGAAAUUUGAAAGGACUUUCCUUCAGCACCACUGACCUCAAAAAGGAUGAGCUAGCACAGAGUCCUACUUUUUCUAUUAGCACAGUUGAAUAUCAGUCAAACAGAGACCCUGAACUGUAUCAGAACAUUGGAGAGAGAGUGAAGGAACUUCCUACCGCCGGACCCCUGAGCUACAACUUCAGCACAUUGCCCAAAAGAUCGGUCGUGCCAUCAUACGACUCAGUAAGGCGGAACAAUCAGGAUCGUUUAAACAAAACGGCACUUUAUGGAACACCGCGGAAAUAUUUUAAUGUGCAGCCUAAAAGCGACCAAACAUGGCUACACGGGAAAUUUAAAACACAGCCGGACUACCUUGAGGUUCUAGAAAGACACACUGUUAUGAGUCAGUUGUAAAAUAACUAACAUAUUUUUUUCCCUUUUACAUGUAGGCAAUUGCCACAAUAAAGAGGAUAUUGUUUUAAGGAUAUCAAUGUAGCCUAAAUAUUUCUAGGCUAUAUUUAAAUGCUUUCCCCCUAGACUUGAAUGAUCAGUUCUAGAUGACUCUCACGUAGACUGGUGACUGACUUAAUGUCCAAUGCUGCUUAGUGUUUUGUCUGUUUUAGGCCCAUAAGCAAGGACAACAUGGUGAUAUUCCAUGACUUUAACUGGUAACCUAUUGUUAACAUGGAUGGGCUAAUCCAGAAGUGGCCUAAGCAUUCUAAAUAUAUCAUGAUUGCAUUCUUAGAAAAAAAAGAGAUUUUGUGUAUUAUGCUAUAUUUUAAUCACUGUAUAUUAGAAUUAUUUGUUUAUGGCAUUAAACAAGUUGGCAAUGUCCAUCAAUGUAUGUUUGUAUCUGAAUUAAAUAAACUUACAGAUCUAGAAAUACCAUUUUGGAUGGUGAAAUGA